UUUAGGGUGAACAUAAUCUUAUAAUAUGAAACAUUUGAUCAUUCUGUCACACAUUUCAUAGAUAAUGUUGAGUGACAUAUGUGUAACUGUCAUGGUAGCUGGAUUUAGCAAAGCAAUAUCAUUUCUGUAUUUGCACAGAGUACCUUGAUAGAGUGUUUGGAUAAAGAUUGUUACUUUGAAAUCAGUUCAGUCAUGUCUUACCUCACAUUCAUUCUGUUUCUCAGUUCAAGUGUAUUUCUAAGUCUUUGCAGUGGACAAAAUCAGCCCAAAAUUGACAUUCAAAAUGAGAUGGUUACUUGUGUAAUAACUAUCAUUAACGAUUAUGCAAUCCGUAGGACUGUGGUUUUCUACACCGAAGAAGAAAACAGCAGUGUUCUGUGGGUCAGUUUAUUAACAGUGAUGAAGAAGCCAUUCAUGGUAGUGUCUCAGGCCCUACAGUUACAUGAUACAGAUAAAUUUUUAAUAGUACUAUUCCCCAGGCCAGGUACCAGGUACAAUCAUCUUCUUCAGAAACUCAGAAAAGACACUCUCUUUAUUAUUGUAGGCACAAGAGGGUUAGAGAGAUUUCAAAUGAUAAACCUAUUGAGUCAGUUUCACAACAUGAGAAUGAUCUACGACAUUUUAUUACUACCUAGUGAAGACAGAAUAAACAUUUUCACCUCGUUUCCUUACAGUGAUAACCAUUGUGGAGAGGCUGGUCCUCCAACCAAGAUUGAUUCUUAUGUUCAUGGAAAAUUUUCUAAGAGAGUGAAUUUAUUCCAUACAAAAAAGUAUUGGAAUAUGCAUGGCUGUACAUUGACUUGCUUAGGGAAUAGACAACCUCCAGAUGCUAUUUUAGCCAAAAGUAAGAACGGAGAGAUAGUUUUUCAAAGACUUGCUAAGGAACUGAUGAAUAUUUUAAGUGAGAAGUUAAACUUCAGUCCAAAAAUAGUAUUACCAUUGAAUAAUAAUUCAUCAUUAGAGCGAAGUUGGUUUUUUUAUAAUGACACAAUAGAUCACAUUAUUGAAUACCUUGGUAAUGAGCAAGUGGAUUUUGCAAUGGGUGUAUUUUCUCGACUGGCUUUCACCAAUGAUUCUGCAAUAACUUUUGGUAAAGAAACUCGUUUUGAAUGUUACACAUGGGCAGUGCCAAUAAGAGCAGGGAAAAAACGUUCAGUCAUAAUGAACUAUCUUGAUGAAUUUUCCUUAAGUUUUUGGAUGUUAUUUCUUAUUUCUUUUAAUGUUGCAGUGUUCAUUAUUAUAAGCAUUACAACAAUUCUUGACCAAAAUAUUGCUCUCCAAUCUCCUUUAAAUGCUUUUCAAUACACCUUUGCAACCAUCCUGAAUCAGCCAUUUCCAGUUAAACCUAAACCUUGGUCACUAAGAAUCUUCAUUGCACACUGGCUUGUAUAUAUAUUAGUGAUAACAACAGCUUAUCAAGCAUCUCUCUGGAGUUUCAUGACUAUUCCUUGGCAGGUCCAUAACAUUCAUUCUCUUCAGGAUCUUCUGGAUUCAUCUUUAGAAAUUGGAGGAGCCCAACAAAUGCAUAACAUCUUAAAAGCAAUUCAGAGUAACAAUGAAAAUGUCAAAGAGAUGAUUAAAAAAUUCACAGUUCUUCCAACCUCUGAAUUUAAUGAUAUAAUACAAAGAAUUGAGUCUAAACGUGACUUUGCAGUGUUCGGAGAGAAAAGACAUCUAAGUUCAUAUUCUAAAAACAUUGACAAGAUCUUUGAUAAGCACAGAGUUUACUUUGUUGAAGGAUGUUUGAUGCAGUCUUUAGCGACACCAUUGCUGUUUCCCAGUGGGUCUCCUCUGUAUGAACCCAUCAACACCAUGCUGAUUCGCCUCAUCCAGAAUGGUCUGGUCCAGAAGUUUGGAUCCAUUUCUGAUGACCAAAAUCCAAAAGAGACAGUUUACCAAAAUGGAGAGAUAUCCCAACAUACUGACAGAAUGAAUCUGAGCCAAUUUCGAGGAGUUUUUAUUAUUCUGCUAUUUGGCUAUGGAAUAUCCUUUGUUGCAUUCGUUUGUGAGCUAAUUGUUGCCAACAUGUCAAAGAGCCAGCGUAAGGUAAAUGUAAUUAUAGGCCCUAAAUUAUACUAUCGUGACGAUUAAAACCUGUGUAAACUUAUUAUGAAUCAUCCAAUUGUUAAUUUAAUUUUGAGUAGAAUAUACUCAUACUUACGCCCUUAAGCAAACUUUGGAUUUGAAGUAAUAAUUUACUAUGUAUGAUAUUUUAGUUUGUCUAAUUAACUAAAGUAAACAGAUUGUAAAUAAUAUUUGUGUUUAAAGAGUGAUCAGUGUCAGAAAUUAAC